UUUUUUGAUAGAGCUGUUAUAAAUAUGAUUUUUGGAACAAUAAGCAGAGUAACGGAGGCAUCGGACUCCAGCUUCUACAAUAUCACACAAGGUGAGACGAACCGCAAUCCCCAUUUUGAGAUCAGCCUGGAAAUUGAGGAUGGAUUUGGUAUCGCCAGUAGUUCGACCCUAGCAGCCAAUGAACAAAGCCAAGGAGUUGCGGCCCUCCUGGUGAUGUUGGCUGUCCUCUCUUUUAUUUUUGCCUACUGCUGUUGGGGGACCCCCUUCUGCAGAAACCUCUGCAAAAAAUAUUGUUGUUGCCAUUUGGAAGAUCCGGAAACCGACGUUCGAUUGGGAAACAGUGAUCAGGGGAUGGUCGCUACUCCCACGAUAAUUCUUCUGCCUCAUGGAAGGAUGUUAGUGGUGGAUGGAACUGUUUUUAGUCAAUUUCAGACUGACAACACAGGAUUGGAUCUAGUUGAACUAGGUGAAAGUGUCAUAAGAUCACAAAGAAAUCCAAGAACUGUAACUCGUCACCAACUGCAGAGUAGUCAAGGUAGUGUCCUAACAACUGACGGGGAGUCACAAAGUAAAGAUAGUAGUUGGUCUUUAGCUGGGUUUCCACCCCCAACAUACGAGAGCAUCUACGGAAAAGAAGAAGGAAUUGUCCCCCCUUCUUAUUCGGACAUUCUUCUUCACAGAUUCGCUACCCUGCCUUACGACAUAGACAUGCGAAAUGCUUACAACGGGAGCAAAGAAGAAUUAGAGAUGCGAUCGCUCGGAAGUGGGAGCUGUCCACACAUAAUACCAAAUCCAAUAAACAGUCCCUACUCACGGGCGAAUAAUUUCUCGGGUCAGAGCAUCGCCUGUGCAAACCUGUCUCGAAAUCCUUCCCUCAUCAGCAAUCCUCUUGACGGUUACUAUCUAAACAACGAAAUGGAAUGUUUCCGAAACGAACAAGAUGUUCCGCGAGUAAAUAGCUACCUCAACAUCAACACAAUCUCUUCUCUCUACAAUCGAGUUAGUUCGAAUUCCGGAGAAGAGCUAGAAUUCUCGAGUAACGAAAGAAGGCAUCCAACUAUCAUAGGCGGAAACAAUUUUCAAAACGAGAUUAUCAACACGAGAAAUAUAGUCAGGCACGAGCCUGAAUCAAACUUUAGACUCGAAGUCAAUCAGAGUUUUCGAAAUUCGGAAAAUGAAAGGAGACGGGAAGAUCUGGAUGUUAGAUAUAACAAUGUUAGAACAACGAGAGAAGGAAAUUUAAUUAGUAGACCUCGAUCUGAAGUUGAUUUGGUCGAUUCUGAGGAACCGAGUGAUUUUCAAGUUUUGGCUGAUAUUCGAGAAAGUCGAGUUUAAAUUACUAAAGAAAAAAAGGUGCUUUUUUAUUAAUAGAAGGCUUUAGCAUUUUGAAAAUUGUGUACUUGCAUUACGAAAAUUAGCAAGACUCUUCAAUUUCCAGUGUCUUCAGUUCAUAAACUACUUUAAUUCGGUUUGCUUUCAAAUUAAAAGAAAAGUAAACUGGCAAAAUUUCCGUGUAGCUGAAAGCUAGUGCUUCGCGUUUUGCUGGUUAAAAGUUUAAACAAUUUAAAAAAUGUCUACGUUUAAAUUAUUAAAUAUUUUACUUGAGCAAGGUCUAUUUGGUUAAAAUUACCAUAGUUUUCAAGUUCUUUUUUUUAAACUGCCCGCCUACAAAAAGAAGCCAAAAAAAGAUUUUUUUAACUAUAUCACUCACUGGCUUCACAGGUAAAAAUGCCGGAAAAGCAAGGGUUUCACCAAAUUAUUGUGUGUAUUAUAUUAAAUUCAAUUUAAAUACCUUAAUUUUUUGCAUUUCCAGUAAAAAUAUUGAACUUUCCA